AUGGCCUUUAAUCCCUCUACUGAUAUUCCGGCCCUCGCCAACAAAGUCAUUCUCGUCACCGGCGGCAGCGAGGGCCUCGGCAAGCAGACCAUCCAACAACUUGCGACGCACUCGCCUGCAAAAAUCUACCUGGCCGCACGCAACCCGGCGAAAGGCGAAUCGGCCCUGCAAGAGAUCCGAUCCAACGCAGGGCCCGACUGCGCUCCGAUCUCCCUCCUCACUCUAGACCUCUCCUCGCUGGACUCGGUCAAAGCCGCCGCAGCGGAGAUCCACGCCCGAGAAACCCGACUCGACAUCCUGAUCACGAACGCCGGCGUCAUGGGUGCCAAGGGCGUCACGCAGGAGGGCUACGAGAUGCAGUUCGGCGUCAACCACGUCGGCCACGCGCUGCUCAUCCAGCUGCUACUGCCGCUGCUCCUGGCCACCGCGGCGCGAGAGGACGUCACGCCCGGCGCCACGCGCUGCGUGGUGCUGGCGUCCGAUGCGGAGAAGUUCGCCCCGAGGACGGACCCCUACCCGUUCGAGAAGCUGCGCACCCCCUGCGACGACCUCUCGGCCUUCACGCGCUACGGCAUCAGCAAGCUGGCGAACGUGCACUACGCGGCCCAGCUGGCGCGCCGUCACCCCGAGGCCGAGACGGGCGUGCGCUUCGUCUCGCUGCACCCCGGCGCCGUCAUCACGAACCUGGGCGAUCUGAUGCGCGGCUGGCCGCGCACGGAGAAGAUCAUCCGCAAGGUGGUCGCCGUAGUGAUCGGUAUGGUGCCCGUCGAGCAGGGGGUCUGGGGCCAGCUGUGGGCGGCGACGUGGCCGGUUGGGAAGCAGACGGAGGAGCUCGGGGAGCCCCAGUCGGGGACGUUCUAUCACCCUGUGGGGGUAGAGGGCAAGGGAAGCAAAUUGGCGUACGACGAGUCGAAAGCGAAGGAGUUAUGGGAGUGGACGGAGAAGGAGUUGCAGCCGCACCUUUCGACGUGA